AUGUCGUCGUCAGCGUCUUCGCGAAUUUUCUCAAGAAUCGUCUCGGUGCGGACCAUCCGCUCACGAUUUGCAUCGACCAAGGCACGAGAAUCCGCUGAUGGAAUUCCACCACCGCCAAUCAAUCAAUUAUCUGAAAACGAGGCCUCAAUUGUCGAUACUGUUCGGCGAUUUUCGAACAAUGUCGUGAAGCCGUUGGUUCGCGAAAUGGACAAAUAUUCGAAAAUGGAUCCAACCGUAAUCAGCGGGGCAUUUGAGAAUGGGCUGAUGGGAAUCCAGGUUCCUGAAGAAUAUGGUGGGCCAGGAAGCAGUUUCUUUGACGCGAUGCUCGUUAUCGAAGAACUCGCCAAAAUGGACCCGGCCGUUUCGGCUCUCGUUGCGAUUCACAACACUCUUCCCGUCUCGAUGAUUCUUGAUCAUGGCAAUGAAGAGCAGAAGCAAAAGUAUCUGCCACUUUUGUGCUCAGACACUGUCGGCUCGUUUUGCAUUUCGGAGACUGGCUCAGGAAGCGACGCGUUCUCGUUGAAAACCACCGCCACUCGCGAUGGUGAUCAUUAUGUGAUCAAUGGAUCAAAAAUGUGGAUUACCAACUCAUCUGAAGCCAAAGUCUUCGUGGUGUUUGCCAACAUUGACAUUUCGAAAAAAUAUAAAGGAAUCAGCUGUUUUAUUGUCGAACGAGACGCUGAAGGAUUGAGUGUGGCGAAAGAAGAAGAUAAACUGGGAAUUCGGGCAUCUUCUACUUGUCAAGUUCACUUCGACAACGUUCGAGUACAUAAAUCUGCCGUUCUCGGAGAGCUAGGAAAAGGAUAUAAAUAUGCAAUUGAGUGUUUGAAUGCUGGCCGAAUUGCGAUUGGCGCUCAAAUGAUUGGUCUCGCUCAAGGAUGCUUCGAACAAACCGUUCCAUAUUUGCAGCAGAGAACUCAAUUCGGAUCGCGUUUAAUCGAUUUCCAAGGUAUGCAACAUCAAAUUGGACAAGUCGCCACGGAAAUCGAGGCGGCACGUUUGAUGGUUUACAACGCAGCGCGUCUGAAGGAAAAUGGAAUGGAGUUUGUGAAGGAAGCGGCGAUGGCCAAACUUUUUGCGUCGCAAGUCGCAACCGCGACGACGGCCCAAUGUGUGAAAUGGCUUGGAGGCGUCGGAUUCACGAAAGAGUUCCCCGCGGAAAAGUUCUAUCGAGAUGCGAUGAUUGGAGAAAUUUACGAAGGAACUUCGAAUAUUCAAUUGAACACGAUUGCCAAAAUUGUUGAUGCUGAAUUCAAAAACAAAGCUUGA